AACACAAUUAUUAUUCACCUCUGUCCGUGUUUCUGUUUAAUGCAAUUUAGCACAUAUAUACUUAAACAUCUUAACCAGGCAUGUUUUGGGGGGGAAUAUGUCUGAUUUGAUAUCUAGCAACCAUUAACAACUUCAUUAAUGAUUGUGAGGUUAUGAGGGUCCCAAUGUCUUGUAAAACGUCUGGAGGAGCAGCAGGUGAAACUUCAGAGGUAUAAAAUUAACAUGGCUUCUGCGCAGCGGAUUUGAUUGCAUCACAAUCACUUGGCCCUUUGGAGUAGGCUAGUCCUUUGGCCAAUGACCGCACUUGAACAAUUUUUCGAUAUUAUUUGCAGUAACUUUUGCACGAGUUGUUGAAAAGACUUUGAUACAGAAGUUAAAAGUAUUCUGAUAUUCCAGUCACCUUUCAUCGUCGAUAUGGGUUUUGCGGACCUCUUGAAUGAGGUCGGCGGUUUCGGACGUUUCCAAUUGAUCCAUGUUACGUUGUUGUCUAUUCCUGGUCUGCUUAUGGCAAGUCAGAAUCUGUUAAAUAAUUUCACAGCUGGCAUGCCUGGACAUCACUGUACCAUUCCUAAUAGGACUUCUAUUGCUAGUAGUCAUAACUUUUCUUUAUCAGAAGUGGAUGACAGGCAACUUCUCCGUGCCUUUAUCCCAAUGGAUGCAAACGGGAUCGAGUUCUUGAAGUGCACGAGGUAUGUCAAGGCGCAAUGGCAUCUUCUUAAAAGCAACAUAAGUGCCAUCCGACCGACCAACUUUACAGAUUUUGAGACAGAAAUGUGUUUGGAUGGAUGGACAUAUGACAAAACGGAAUUUCUGUCUACAAUUGUGUCAGAGUGGGACUUGGUCUGUACCCUCCGUCCAUUGAAACAGAUGAGCCAGACUAUUUACAUGGGUGGGGUCCUGUCAGGGGCCAUCAUAUUUGGAGGGCUGUCAGACAGAUUUGGGCGAAAGGCCCUGUUGAUCUGGUCCUAUUUUCAGCUGGCCACGUUGGGCACCUGCACAGCAUUCUCACCCUCCUACGUCACCUACUGUGUUCUCCGCUUCAUGACAGGCAUGGCAGUGUCUGGAGUGAUCCUCAACGCCGUCUCUCUCAAGGUUGAAUGGAUUCCCACCAAGACCCGCACUCUAGUGGGGACCCUCUCCUCGUUCUUUUUCACUUUUGGCCAGAUGGUACUGGCUGGCAUCGCCUACAGCCUCAGGGACUGGCGCAAGCUGCAGAUAGCAGUUUGUGCCCCGUUCUUCAUCUUCUUCCUGUACAGCUGGUGGUACUCUGAGUCUGCACGCUGGCUUGUGCUAAACCGUAGGUCUGACGAGGCCCUGAAACACCUGCAUCGUGUAGCCAAGAUCAAUGGCAAACCUGAGAAGAUAGAGAAGAUCACCUUGGAGGUUCUGGAGUCACACAUGCACAAGGAGAUCCAGUCGAGUAAGGGGACCUACACUGCAUAUGACUUAAUACGCACCGUGGUGAUGAGAAGAAUAUCUCUAUGUCUAAUGAUUGUUUGGUUCUCUACAAGCUUUGCAUACUAUGGCCUGGCAAUGGAUCUGCAGAAGUUUGGCGUGAAUAUCUACCUGAUGCAGAUCAUCUUUGGGAUGGUGGACUUCCCUGCCAAGCUGAUGGCUCUGGGCAGUCUGACCUUCCUGGGUCGGAGGGUCACUCAGGGAACAUGUCUCCUCAUGUCGGCUGUGAUGAUAUUCGCCAACAUCUUCGUACCCACAGACAUGCAGUCUGUGAGGACUACGCUGGCUUGUUUGGGGAAGGGCUUCACUUCGGCUUCCUUCACCUGUGUCUACCUGUUCACUGGAGAGCUCUACCCUACCGUCAUCAGACAGACAGGCAUGGGCUUCGUCUCCACCAUGGCCAGGAUAGGCUCCAUGGCUGCACCAGCUGUGCUGAUCCUGGAUGAGGUCAUGCCUGCCCUGCCAAGCAUCGUCUAUGGAGGUGCAGCUGUGGUUGCCGGCAUCAUCGCCUUCUUCCUCCCUGAAACCCUCAACAUCCCUCUUCCGGACACCAUCGGGGAUGUGGAGGAGAAAUGGACUAAGAAGAAACCGAAUGCAGAGAAACAAUGUGAAAAGGAGAUGGAGGCCUUUCAGAAGAACGAGGGGGUACAUGAAGAUGAUGGAAAAACCAUUGGGCUCAAAGUUCUGUGAGGAAAAAAUCCUGAUUGAAUGUAAGAGGAGGAAUUACUUGCUUAGACAAUUAGAAUAUUAAAUUGAAACCAAAAUGGGAAAAGACUAGAACCGAAUAAUUUAUUUUGGAAGCAGGAGAUUUUUUCUAUGCCAGCUAUAAUUUCCAGUUCUUUGUCUGAGUGAUUUACGGUUUCCAUUGGUUCACGGUUGAAGUAAUUGACAGCGAUACUGUUGACAACCGCUGCUUAUCUCAUAUCAUUGUUACAUUGUUCAAAUUGUUACCAAAAGACUUGAGACAUUUUUGUGUUAUGCAGUAUAUUCAUUUACUGUGAUUAAUUAUAUCUUCAUUUUGUAUUAAUAAUUGUGAUAGGUAGAAAAUUAGGCACUUUAGGACAUUUUAUGAUUUCAAUAUGCAAUGUACAGGAGGUGGACAAAAUUAUGGAAAUACCUAAUCAUAUAUUAAUAUCAAGGACCUGAUAAUGAGUAUCCUUCAGAACAGCUCUAAUCCUUCUUGGAAUGCUGUUGUACAAGUCUUGAACUGUGUGUAGUGGGAUAUUUCUCCAUUCUUCAAGAAGGAGGUUAUGCGUCUUUAUUUUGGCCUUCAUUACAACUGGAAACUCUAAAUCGCAGCCCUGCCAUAAAUUCCAGCUUUGUGAAGUACACAAUGUACAGUUUUUGUUUUCCCACUGGGUCACAGAGUUGCUGAUUUAGUGCUUUGGUAAUUUCUUUAGGUAAUUUCUCCCCCUCUUGGUCAGCUUUGACCACUGUUCCUCGUUGCCGAUGCAUUUUCUCCAAGUGGGGCAUUUGUUGCCAAGAUUUUUAGGAAGGUUCCCCUUGACAAAAUGAGUCAUAUUGCAGUUUUUGUGACUGAUGCAGCGCCAGUUAGGGCACCAACUAUUUGACCUCUUUGGAGCU